CUACUUCCUCUCUAGCUAGGGUUUCCUUCUUUAUACAAAACACAACCUAACAAGUAACAACCUUCUUUAUAUGUACUUAUUCCUUAACCCUCCUGUUACCCUUUUUAGCUAUUUCUAUUUGUGCUGCUUUCAUAGAAUUGCUAGUUACGUGGGAGAAUUAAGCACUAAGAAGAUGGGAAGGGGUAGGGUUCAGCUGAAGCGGAUCGAGAACAAAACAAGCCAGCAAGUGACGUUUUUCAAGCGUAGAUCGGGACUUCUCAAGAAAGCCAGCGAAAUCUCUGUGCUAUGUGAUGCUCAAGUUGCUUUGAUUAUAUUUUCUACCAAAGGCAAACUUUUUGAGUAUUCCUCUGAACGCAGCAUGGAAGACCUCCUUGAACGUUACGAGAGAUGUAGCCAUACAGCACUUGCUGGAGCUAACAAUGUCGAAUCACCGGGAUUUUGGUCUUUCGAACAUAUCAAGCUCACCGCUAAAGUUGAAGUCUUGGAGAGGAACAUAAUGAAUUUCUUUGGAAAUGAUCUGGAUCCCUUGAGUUUGAAAGAGCUUCACAGUUUGGAGCAGCAGAUUGAGACAUCUCUGAAGCGCAUCCGAACUAGAAAGAAUCAAGUUAUGAAUCAAUCCGUCUCAGACCUGCAUAAAAAGGCAAGGACAUUACAAGUGCAAAACAGAUGGCUAGGAAAGAUGAAGGAGAAAGCGAAGACAGUGACUGAAGGUCCACACAACGGCCCAGAAACUCUAGGCUUUGAUUCAUCCACACUCAACUUAUCUUCUCCACAGCUACCACCACCACCAUCACCACAAAGACUGGUUCCUUCUCUAACUCUCAGUGAGACAAUGCAAGGAGGAACACCAGUGGAAGAAACGGGUGAGGCUCAAACAGUCCCUAGUGGCAAUUCUCUCAUCCCACCAUGGAUGCUGCGCUGCAUGUCUGACUAGUUAGGCUGACAUGAUUCUGCCAAGUAUGUGACAUAUGAUAUUAUGUGCAAGGCUCAACUAUAUAUAUGUAUGCUAGAACUUAGAAUAGCUAAUAUGCCGAGCUUAAUAACUGCUCAAACUUCUCGCAUCGUGAACUGUGCCCUUCAUUUUGAAAUCAAUGGUAUUAAGCUGUUAUUUUAACAAAUGA